AUCAUGUGUGAUCAGCAAGGUAACCAACAUCAAAAAAUAAAAUAUCACUUGUACAACUUUCACCGAACCGCCCAAUCUGAACCUCAGCGUUGCCGAAAGAUUAUUGUCUUUCACCAUUGGUUAGAUUUGCUCUUAUCUUUAUAUAAUUAUGCGGAAUUAAUAAACAGAAAAUGUUUAUAAGUGUAGGCUUUAUUUCUGAUGGUCCUAGAAGGAGGAUUAACUAUGGUGACUUGGAAAUAAUUAGCGAAAACAUCAAAAUAGUUUUAUUUUGAGAAGAUAUCGACUAUCCCCUAUAUCCAGCUACAGAUUUGUGAUGGAGCGUGUCCAUGGAUGGAGAUGUUUUGUGGAUCGAGUGGUUGUGGUAUCCCGUUUUCGUUGUGUCUGUGCGUAAUGACAGUUUAUGGUUGGAAGAAAAUUCAAAGCUAGAACCAAAAUAUGCGCGAUUUCAUAUAUUUUUUUUAAACAUUGUGUAGGGUUUUGCCAAUGAAACUAUGACGAAUAUUGUAAUAGGAAUUGGGGCAAUAAUUCUACCUCUAGUAGCAAGAAUAGUAUACCUAUGCUACAGAAAUAUUAAAGGUUGUAACAAACUGUCUACAAAACGUGAAAAUCCUUGUAAAACAAUCAUAUGCAUUGGCUCUGGAGGCCACACAACAGAGAUGUUAAAAUUACUACAAAACCUUGAUUUUAAAAAGUACACCCCUCGAUAUUACUUCAUGGCAAGUUGUGAUAGCACCAGUUUGAGCAAAAUAAAAGAACUUGAAGAAAGGGAAAGAAAAAGUAAACAAGGGCGGUGUAAGUUUGGUCACCGGCGGCGCAUCUGGGCUGGGCAAAGCGACUGUCGAACGAUUAGUGCUACAAGGCAGUAAAGUUGUUUUAUGUGACCUACCAACUUCAAAUGGCAGCGAAGUAGCUAAAUCCCUUGGAGAAGACGUCAUAUUUGCCCCAGUAAACGUAACGUCAGAAGAUGAUGUAACAAAUGCACUGAAUGUUACAAAACAAAAAUUUGGAAAGUUGAACAAUGUUGUUAACUGUGCUGGCAUAGCUGUGGCGUUUAAGACAUAUAAUUUCAGGAAAAAAGUUCCUCAUAGCUUAGAAGAUUUCUCAAAAGUCUUGAUGGUAAACACAGUUGGUACCUUCAACAUAAUCCGCUUGACAGCAGGUUUGAUGGGUGAAAAUGAACCAGACAGCAAUGGGCAGAGAGGUGUCAUUGUGAACACAGCAAGUGUGGCAGCUUUUGAAGGUCAAAUGGGUCAAGCAGCGUAUUCUGCUAGUAAAGGAGCAAUCGUAGGAAUGACGUUACCCAUUGCUAGGGAUCUAGCUAGUGAUGGAAUUAGAGUUGUAUCUGUAGCACCUGGAUUGUUCAGAACUCCUCUUUUAGCCUCGCUUCCCGAAAAAGUUAUCGCGUUCAUGGAAAAAUCUGUUCCAUUUCCUUCUAGGCUAGGUGAUCCGGCGGAAUAUGCCCAGCUUGUACAAAGUAUCAUCGAAAACCCUAUGAUAAAUGGAGAAACUAUUCGGAUAGAUGGCGCUUUACGGAUGCAACCAUAACAUUUGUUAGUGUUUCCACACAAUAUGUACUAUAUUAUGGAUUAUAUAUGGCAUGUAUUAUUUCGUUACUUUUCUACAAUAAAAGUUGCUUUUUAAUUCUAGUUUGAGUCCUUGUAAAUUGUGGUAUAGCCUAGAUAUAGCCAAUAGUUGUGAACCAGAUAUAUGUAGAUGAUAAUUUGGG